AACAUAGGUCACUUUGUCUCAUCAUACAUAGGGUUAGAAGUUUUUUUUAACACUACCCACGAGCUCUUUCCCCAAAGGUUUUGGGUUUUCUCGUUUUUCUUUUUUCCUUUCCUCUGCCAUGAACUGAAUUAGAUUUCCCGGAAAACCCCAUCCAAUCAGCAGAUAGCAUUUUCCUAUUAUUUAAUCUCUUCAUUAUUUAUAAAUAAUCUAGGAAUUCCUCUCGAAUUAUUUAGGGAUUUGGUGAAAUAAUGGGUAGUGGAGAUGGAGAAGAUGAUCGGACGUUUAGGGUUAAUAAUUUCACUGCCGAAGGAUUCGCGAAGCUUCGGGAACGAGUUAAGGAUAAACUCAAGGAGUUCAUGGGUGACUACACCGAUGAUACUCUCGUGGAAUAUGUUAUAGUCUUGUUAAAAAAUGGAAGGCAGAAAGAAGAAGCAAGAAAUGAAUUGAAUGUUUUUCUUGGAGAAGACAGUGACUCAUUUGUUGCUUGGCUGUGGGAUCACCUGGGAUCAAAUAUAGGUCUUUAUGUGCAGCAAAAGGAUCCUGAUACAGGAGGAGGAACAAAAAACAAACCUAUUAGUGCAGAGCCGGCUGCAAAGAAUGAUUUGCACCACCUGGACUCUGAUGCUGAUAAAGUGAAAUCAAACAAAUCUAGAAGCCGCCGAAGGGAGUGGAAAGGACUGGUUGCUGUUGAACACCCUACUCUACAUAGUUCUUUAGCAGACAGCACUCCUAUGGAGGAGGAAGCUCAUCAAAAAGUUGGUCAUUCAAAGCGAUCCCUCUCCCCCCAGCCAGAACUUCAGAGAAAAAGAAACCGACCUGAAGAAAGGCCGAAAAAGAGGGAAGGCAUUCGUCAACCAGCAAUUGCUGCUACUCGAAGGCUGCUGCAAUUUGCAGUAAGAGAUGCCGUGGCUACUUCUAGGCCAUCCAAUUCCAAUCUAGAAUCCUCACCUUCACUAAAGCGUCUUCGCUCUGUGGUCUCUACAUCUGUGGAGGACUCAUCCCUUCAAGAACGCCCACAGAGGAUACGUUCGGUUGCAAGAGCACCAAAUGCCAUGGCCACCGCUAUAAGAGCCGUUGCAGAAGCUGCAAAAGAUGUGGCAAAAGUUAGAUCGUCGGCUAAUGUGUUUGACAGGCUGGGUCGUGCUACUGGCGCUCUCGAUCCUUCAAGCAGAUUGGAAGAAUCUAAUCAAGCUGUUGCCGAAGAUGUACAAGAUCAAUCUUUUGCUGAUGCCUCAACUUACCUUCACAGAAGUAAUUAUAGAGGAAAGCAUAUUGGGAAGUCUACGUUGAACGAUGAUACUGCAGUGCUUUAUGAUUCAGCAUUAGAUGAAGAAGCUGAUCAUGGUAUCAGCAUUGUGAAUAAAGGGGCUAUAAAUGCCUCGAGAACUGGUGCACGUUUUAAAAACAUAGGCGAGACUCCACUUGUAGUCGAGUAUGGUGUUACUGACAAUGCCAAUGAUAUUUUGCACAAGUCACAGAAGGACCAAGAUCGACCAACAUUUGCUCCUGGUGCUCCUCACCAGCCAAUGAAUGUUCCAUUAAAUGUGAAUACCUGGAAAUCACCUCAGUAUCAGGAGGCAAGACAAGCAUUGGAGAUAGAGAAUCAGAGAUCUACACAGAGCAGCGAAGGCUUGGCCAGCGAACCUGACAUGCUGUUGACAAAAGAAAGCACUAAUCCUAUUGCAGUUACUAAUGGAAAUGUGAAACCAUAUGCGGACACACAGAAGGAAUCUCAAAAGAUGGCUUCUAUUUAUCAGGGUUUGUAUUCUACUGGUCCACCUACAGAAGAUGCUGAUUCACGGACCAUCUUUGUCAACAAUGUUCAUUUUGCUGCUACAAAGGAUAGUCUUUCUCGGCACUUCAAUAAAUUUGGGGAAGUGCUUAAAGUGGUCAUCCUGACUGAUGCAGCAACUGGGCAACCCAAAGGGUCAGCUUACGUAGAGUUCAUGAGAAAAGAAUCCGCAGAGAAUGCUUUAUCUCUUGAUGGAACAUCGUUCAUGUCCCGCAUUCUGAAGGUUGUGAGGAAAAGCUCUGCUACUCCUGAAGCAGCAUCUGUCACUGUAUGGCCUCGUGUUACAAGGUCUGGUCCUUUUGCAGUUUCUAGAUUUGGUCGGGUUCCUUUUCCUAGAGGCAUACCCACUUUGUACAGGUCCCGGCUCCCAGUCAGGCCUGGUGCUAGAAGUAUGCAAUGGAAGCGUGAUGCUCAGCCUACAUCGGCCGAGAAUUCUGGUUUGUUAACACCCUCAAUUAAUGCAGUUCCUUCUCCCAUUCCUCGGAGUAUGACAUAUGUACGAGCAGAAUCUAAGAUUAAUGGAGAUUCUAGUACGGCUUAGUUAAUUAUAGAAGUUUCCCCAGUCCUAUCUCUCUGAGAGUCCAGCUCUUUGUGGGAUUGGUUGAAGUCCAGCAGACAUACUUAGCAUCGUACAUGAUUGCUUCAUCUGGUGCAUCAGUCAAGAUAGGGAGACAUGUGCACGUAAUCAUGAACAGAGUGUUACUGGUUUUGCUUUUAGUGUUCUUUCCAUAUGGCUGCGCGGAAAAGACUUUGGGUAAAUGUUGUGGGACUAGAUUUUUGAAGUAAUUAUUAUCAGAUUGUUGGGUCCAGGUAUCUGAAGAGUUACUGUCAAGUUCGAGCUGGAAUCUGUGAAUAGAAGGUGGAAUGGUGGAUGGGUUGUUUAUUGGAUUAGAGACAUUUGAAAUUUCAUUCUUGAUAAGGAAAAAAGAAAGAAAAAAAGUUUAGAAGAGUAAAAAAAGUGAAAAAGCAAAGUGUGCUGUCUUAACUGCAUUUUACAUUUCUUCUUUUGGUCCAAUAAUAUGCUUCCUAAUGAGAUCUGCAAUCAGUGCGAAUUUAGUUGAUGAUUUUGCAUUAUUGUUAACAGAGCUUCCAAAAGAAAUGCAGAGCCUGAAAAGGACAUUGUUACUGUAUCAUUCUGUAAUUUGCUUUGGCCAACAAAUUCAUGUUAUUGGACUAUAUUCGCAGGGAUCAAUUAGUGUGUAUCACUCCUAAUUUAACUCAACUAAAUUAAUUUUACAAAAUUUUGUUGCUACUGUGAUA